AUUCUAACCUCAGCCUCCCCACGUCUCACGCUCUCUUCUUCUCUCCCUCGGUCGCACAUCCGCAGUCGCGCUCCUCGCCGCAGCAACCCUCGCCGCCAUCGCCGGACCUCCCUCUGCGUCUCCGGAACCCGCUCGCCGCCCCGCCAGCAACCCAGCUCCGCCUCUCUCGCUCUUCUGCAGCUCGCCGGCUCCGAUUCUGCCGCCGAUCCUUGCCGCCGCCGCCGCCGCCGCCGCGGCGCGUAGCUCGCAGAUUCGCCGUCGAAACCGAGGAUAAGAGUUUGUUUCGACUGCCGAAUACGAAGCUUGGAGGGAUGGCUUGGCGGACGCAGUUACGAACCUUGCUGUGCCGUGCCGGGAAAAGGCUGGAGAUUGAUGGCAAUGCGGCCGCCGGCGUCUCUGGUUCCCGUCUGCUGUCUUCUUCCGCGUCUGGUGGCGCCCCCAAUUUGCGGAGACUCUGGGAAUCUCCUUCUGCAAACGUCCUGAGGCCGCUAUACCAAUAUCUUCAACUGUCGGGGAUUUCUAGUUCAAGAAAGCUCCUGGCUGAUUCAUCUGAUGCAGCUCCUAUUUCUUCUCCAUUAACACCUACGUUGCAACUAAGCAGUGGAACGGUUGAAAGUCAGAAAGUGGUUUCUAAGCCUUCAAAAGUCCAAGCAGUAUUGAAAGGCAUAAAGCAGAGUCCUAAGAAGGUCAAUUUGGUUGCUGCUUUGGUUCGUGGAAUGCGUGUUGAAGAUGCACUGUUGCAAUUGCAAGUGACCGUAAAGAGAGCUGCGAAAACCGUCUACCAGGUUAUUCACUCUGCCAGAGCAAAUGCGACACACAACCAUGGAUUAGAUCCUGAAAAGCUUCUUCUUGCUGAAGCAUUUGUAGGAAAGGGGUUUUACCAGAAGAGGAUUAGCUACCAUUCAAAAGGAAGGUGUGGAAUCAAAGUGAGACCUGAGUGCCGCCUGACAAUAGUAGUCAGGGAGAUAACCGCCGAGGAAGAGGCUGAGAUAGCAAAGCUGAGAGUAAGCAAUUUCAAAAAGCUUACAAAGCGGGAAAGGCGGCUUGUUCCCCAUAAGCUCAUCGAGUCCACUCCAAUCUGGAACCGUAAAGGCAAAGCUGGCAGGAAUGAAGAGAGGGCAAUGGCUGCAUGAUCCAUUUUAUCCUGGAUCACUGCUCUUGUAUGGUUACUUCUGAUGAAGUUUUGAAACGUCCCUUUGUUAAGAAUGUAGCCAGGUGCGAGCACGAAAACCUAGCAGUAGUUCCUAGUACAUUUAGAGGUAAAUCUAAAUGAAGGUAAAUCAACUGGUGACAUUAAUUGCCGUUGGAGGAAGGUAGGUUUUUUUUAAUGUAAACACUAAAUCUUAGAUCUCACUUUUGAUGGACCCGUUUUACCUAUGGUUCUCUAAAACAUAAAUGGAGUCGAAGACUGAUGGCCUGCUGAAAGUCAUUAGCAGAUUUUUCAUUGAAUUUGUUGCUAUGAGCUAAGGGGUAA